AUAUAGCACAGACCUUUGCACUGAAUUCAGUGAAAGCUGGUGUCUGUUUUGAUAUGCAUGGUUAUACGUGAAAGCAUGUGGACGCUGCAGGUGACUUUAGCUUUUAAGUUUUUCCUGAAAGACGUGUUUUCUUCCUGAAAGACGUGUGUCUUUUCAAAUGAAGUGAUUUUGUUGCUGUUUUGUGUUGUUUAUGGUUCUUUUUUAGCAUUUGUAUUAACAUAAGACUUUUUUAUUGUGUAUUUGAGUGAACGCCACCGUCGUUCUGCUGUUUCCGAUCCGUUCAGAUGAAUGAUUUGUUUGUCAUUUCCACCCAGAGUAAGUGUUGGAGAUCUCACUCUUCUGUCUGUUCAGCUUCAUCAUGGAUGACACACAAACACACCAAGAUGAAGAUUUUUCUCCAGGAUGCAGUUCAGUUCAUCAGAAGAAAUCAGAACCAGAGCCCAGCUGUGUGUCUAUGAGGAGUGAUGCUUCUUUGCCUCGUCCAUUUAAUUUUAAGAGUGAUGACACAAGUUGUGACCUUGAGCAGGUCACUAUCACCAAUAUCAGAGUGUUUCUUGAUUCAAGGUCAAUUUUGCAACACAGGUCAGUUGUAACAAAACCCGUCUGUAAGAAAUAUGACCAGUCUAUGAAUCAACCACAAGACAACACGUAUCCUGGUGUAAGGCAUGAAGUCCUUAAAAUGUUUAGAUCAAACCUGUUGAAGAAGUUUGAGCGUCUGUAUGAGGGAACAGCGACGCAGGGAAACCCAACACUCCUGAAUGAGAUCUACACAGAGCUCUACAUCACAGAGAGUGAGAGUGGAGAGAUCAGUAAUGAGCAUGAGGUGAGACAGAUUGAGACACAAUCCAGGAGAACAGCAACAGAGGACACAGCCAUCAAAUGCAAUGACAUCUUUAGACCUUUACCUGGACAAGACAAAGCCAUCAGAACUGUGCUGACAAAGGGAGUCGCUGGCAUUGGAAAAACAGUCUCUGUGCAGAAGUUCAUCCUGGACUGGGCUGAAGGGAAAGAGAAUCAGGACGUCCAGCUCAUAUUUCCACUUCCUUUCAGAGAAAUUAACUUGAUGAAGGACAAAACACUCAGUCUUUCAGAUCUUGUUCAUGUGUUUUUCCCUGAAACAAAAGAAAUGGAAAUAUCCAGUGAUGAAGAUAAAGUGUUGUUCAUCUUUGAUGGUCUGGAUGAGUGUCGUCUGUCUCUGGACUUUAAGAGUAAAGUGAAACUGUGUAAUAUAUCUGAAUCAGCCUCAGUGGACGUGCUGCUGAUGAACCUCAUUGUGGGGAAUCUGCUUCCCUCUGCUCUCAUCUGGAUCACCUCCAGACCAGCAGCAGCUGAUCUCGUCCCCUCUGAGUGUGUCCAUCGAGUGACAGAGGUACGAGGCUUCAAUGAGCCACAGAAGGAGGAAUACUUCAGGAAGAGAAUCAGUGAUCAGAGUCUGGCCUACAGGAUCAUCUCACACCUGAAGUCAUCAAGGAGCCUCUACAUCAUGUGCCACAUCCCAGUGUUCUGCUGGAUCUCAGCCGCUGUUCUAGAGAAGAUGUUGAAAAAAAUAUGGAAAGGAAAGAUUCCCAAGACUCUCACUCAAAUGUACACACACUUCCUGAUCCUUCAGACCAAAAUCAAACGUGAGAAGGACUAUGAGAAGAAUGUGACAGAUGAAGACAUGAUCCUCAAACUGGGGAAAGUGGCUUUUGAGCGGCUUGUGAAAGGCAACGUGAUUUUCUGUGAGGAAGACCUGAGAGAGUGUGGCAUUGAUGUGACAGAAGCAUCAAUGUACUCAGGAUUGUGCACUCAGAUCUUCAGAGAGGAGUUUGGCUUGUGUCAGGGGAAAGUCUUCUGCUUUGUUCAUCUGAGCAUUCAGGAACAUCUAGCAGCUCUAUAUGUGCACCUCUCCUGUACAAACCACAAUAGAAAUGUGUUUGACCAAAUCACCAAACACAGAUUGUGGUCUAAAGUGAAAGAACAGCUUCAACUCAGUUCACUUAAACAUGUUUCAUUAUCUGAUCUGCAUCAGAGAGCUGUGGAUGAGGCUCUACAAAGUAAAAAUGGACAUCUGGAUCUUUUCCUGCGGUUCCUUCUGGGUUUGUCAGUGGAGUCUCAUCAGAUUCUUCUACAACAAAUAAUGAUGAUGAAAAGAAGCAGAUCUGACAGUAAUGAGAAAACAGUUGAGCACAUCAAGAAGAAGAUCAGGACCAUUGACUCUCCAGAGAAAUCCAUCAAUCUGUUCCACUGUCUGAAUGAACUGGGUGAUCGUUCACUAGUGGAGGAAAUACAACAGUAUCUGACAUCUGGAACAAUAAAAGAAACCAAACUCUUUUCAUCUCAGUGGUCAGCUGUAGUUUUUGUGUUGCUGACAUCAAAAAAAAGAGCUGAAUAUGUUUCAGCUUGAUCAAUUUGUUAAAGGAAAUAAUAAGACUGGAAAUAUGAUAGUACUUCAGAAGUUGCUGCCUGUGAUUAAAGAAUCCAGAUCAGUUCAGUUGAGUUAUUGUGGCAUCACAGAUGAAGGUUGUGCUUCUCUGGCUUCAGCUCUGAGAUCAAACCCCUCGAACCUGAGACAACUGAGUCUGUCUGGGAAUAAACUAGGAGAUUCUAGUUGGAAGUUACUCUC